GCUCUUUAAGAGGAGAGCCUCUCUGCAUCUGCUGAUCUGUCAGCAGGCGCGGUGCCGCCGCCCUCCCCGCACACUGUCUGCUGCCGCUGCACCUCCGGGACACACUGACUAACCCCCGGUGCACUGAGGCUCCGAGCGUGAUCUUGCUGCACCUGAAGCAGCCGGCAGAUCACAUCAUACGUGGGUACUUUGAUCCUUAUGGAUAACUGACGCGAACAUGCGCCGGGCCCACCGUCCUCGUCAUCCCGGGCUAUGCAGGUGUAAAAGGUAACCAGACGGAGCUGCUGGGGUGGGACACGGCCACGUUUUUAUCUCCGGAUCGCAUCAUACAUGUUUUAUGUACAGCCAUGACUCUCUCUCCUGCUCUGGGAUGGACUUCUUCCGGCGCGCGUCUUUAGUUUUUAUUAACCACCGUGUUUGUCCCGUCUGGUUUGGCUGGUUCAGCUGGUUUGGAGGGUAGAGGAAGCAGCAGCACUUUGAUCAAGAGCUCGGUAUGUCCUCUGUGGGGUCCGGACUGAGAGAGCUGCCCAUGGACAGCUGGAUGUCUCACCUGCCAUGUGCUCUGUGGGACACCCCCCUGUACCACCUGGCCAUCCCGGGCAGCCACAAUGCAAUAACCUACUGUCUGGAUAUGAAUGACAGAUCCCCUGUUGACCUCACUCAGCCAGACAUGCUUCAAAAACUGGACAAAUACAUGAAGCCUCUUAUCCGCCCCUUUGUGUACAAGUGGGCAAUAACCCAGGAGUACACCAUAAAGCAGCAGCUGGACUGUGGGGUCAGAUACUGUGACCUGAGAAUCGCACACAGGCCCAACGACAGCUCCACGGAUCUAUACUUCUACCACGGUGUUUACACCACGCUCACUGUGGAGACUGUUCUAUUGGAGAUCAGCGAGUGGCUGGACGCUCAUCCCAAAGAAGUGGUCAUCCUCUCCUUCAGCCACUUCCUGGGCCUAAACCAGGAGCUCCACAUGCUGCUGCUCACAACCAUCCGCAACGUAUUCACCUCCAGACUCUGUCCCAAAACGGAAGUGUUAACUCUUCGAAACCUGUGGGCUUUAGGCUACAAUGUGAUUGUGUCCUAUGAACACAAUAUUGCCAGCUGUAACAGUGACCUGUGGCCACAUAUUCCUUACUGGUGGGCCAACAAAUGCAAAGCUGAGGCUCUUAUCGAGGAGUUUGAACACAGGAAACAACACGGCAGACCAGGAGGUUUCUUCGUCACAGGAAUAAAUCUGACAGAGGACCUGAAAUACAUCUGCACACACCCAACAGAGUCCCUGAAGGACUUGGUGAUGUCCACGUACCCGCCGCUGCUGAGCUGGGUGAAGGAGCAGACUCCCGGCUCCAAAGUCGGCUCUCUCAACAUCAUCGCCGGGGACUUUAUCACAGAGAGCCAGUUUGUACCGACUGUCGUUGCACUGAAUGAAAAACUACUGAAAUGGUCAUCAUGACUUUUCACCAACUUGCAUUAUUCUACAUAAAAAAAAUGUGAAUCCCACACAGCAUGAAGUCACAUGAGCUUGUUUUGUUACAGAAAAGGUACUUGAAUUAUUCAUUUAAAUAUAAAUGCACUCAUUUGGAGGCAGUGAAAUGUAUAUUUCAGUCUCAAAGCUGCACUUGUUUGUUUACAUUCAGUUCACUAUUUAUGCAAUGUACUGUAUCAUUUUUCACGAGGUGGCUGGUUUAAUGUUAUGGUGACGAGAGCAAUAACAAUAACAACUAAUCUCACCUUGAUGUAGGCAUUUAAAAUGAGUAAGCACAAACCGUGUAUUCACUGAGCACAUAUGACUGUAAUGUAGGUCACACACUUUUAUAACUGACAUGUGGGCAGCAAGUUUAAGAUGUAGAUAAACUCUAUCACCUGCAGUAUGUGUAGUAUGUAUCCAUAGAGAAUGUAGUCCAGACAUGAAACUUAUGCAAAAUGCAUGGAAAUCUUAUUUGCAUGAAGCCAACCUUGACUGUUUUAUUUAUAAUUGACUUGAGCCAACAGGUUAGGCCUUGUUUUAAAAUUAUGCUGCACCGCUGUGCCUGUGGAGAUGAGCUUUUCCAAUAAACAUGAGCAUUUUUAAUCAGA